AUGUGUAAGAUUUAUGACAUUAGCCAAUUCAAAUCGUUAUAUUGUGGCAAAACUUAUAGAUGUGGAAAACAAGUUAUUACUAUUAUGCUAAGUUCUCAAGGACCACACCAUGAUGAGAUUGAUAUGGAAUUUUUGGGUAACUUGUCUGGUGAUCCAUAUAUUCUCUCAACCAAUUUUUAUGCCAAUGGUGAUGGAGGUCACGAGGUACAAUUCUAUCUUUGGUUUGAUCCCACAAACGACUUUCACACUUACUCUAUUGAUUGGAAUCCUCAGCGCAUAAUAAUAUUGGUGGAUAACAUACCCAUAAGAGUGAUACAUAAUAGACAAAACAUUGGUGUUCCAUUCCCAACAAGGCAACCAAUGAAAUUAUACACAACACUAUGGAAUGGAGAUUCAUGGGCAACAAGAGGGGGACAAGUGAAAAUUGAUUGGUCAAAGUCUCCAUUCACGGCUGGAUUUAGAAACUUCAGUGCUAAUGCGUGCAUGCCUAGUCCAUCAAAUAAUUGCUUAGGUUUCAAUGGCGGAGAAGAUAAAGGUCUUAAUGGUGAAACAAGGAAGAAGCUCAAAGAGAUUUAUUCAAAAUUGAUUGUUUAUGACUAUUGUCGUGAUUUUAUACGUUUUGCUCGUGGUCUGCCUAAUGAAUGCCGCAAUCGCUUAACAGAUCACCCAGAUGAAUAUUAGAAAUU